AUGCGCCUCAUCCCGUCGAGUCCGGGACUUCUUAAUACGAUAAUCUCAAUUGCCGCCUUACAUCGAGCCCAGCGAGCGAAUACGUUACAUAUCAGCAGUCAGAUCAAUUCGGAUACAGGAAACAAAACAGACCUACAGAGCCAAAUCACUACGCCACAGCCCUCCAAGCCAUUCUACGAUGCCUUACUACAUAAACAAGAAGCGUUAUGUCAUAUUCGAAACGAGUUUCAAAAUCCAAAUGUCGCAAACCACGACGGAGCAAUCGCCGCCGUAUUAAUGUUCAUCUGGUUAGAACUAAUGGACUCGGGACGAGACUCGUGGCGAUAUCAUCUCACCGCACUGCGAAACAUCAUGCAAAAGAGUCUGUUCCCGGUAUUGGAAAACGCAAAAAGCUUCAUGUCCACGUUCUCAAGUUCCUGCGAAUACUUCGAAAUGACAUAUGCAAUUUUCGACAUAAUAGGCUCAACAUUCGUCAAACCAAUGCAACCCUCCCACGCCUACCAGCCGCUCUUCACAAAAAUGUCCACAAUAGACAUCCUCCAACUAGCCGAAUCGCAAACCUGGAUCGGCUGCCCAGCCGAACUCCUCUACAUAAUUUCCCUAGCAAAAACAGUCCCCCAAACAGCCGAACAAGGCAAAUCCCUAAAAACACACUUAACAUCCCACCUAACGAGCUUCUCACCGCGACGCUGGGCAAUCGCCGGCCCAGAUAUAGCCCGACUAAUGCCCCGCUACCAUUUCGCCUGUGCGUACCGGGACGCCGUCUCUAUAUAUAUCUCACAAGUUACAUUUGGGUGGGUUGGAUGCGAGUGGGAGGUUGAUUCGAGUGAUGGUGGGCUUGAGGUUGAUCUUGAUGCGACGAUCAUGCAUCUUAAGGAGAUUAGUCCUCAUGAUGCGUUUUACAAGGCGCUUGUGUGGCCGGCUUUUGUCAUUGGUGCCGAUGCUAAGCUUGAGAAGCAGAGAGUUGCUAUUCGGGAGGUUUUUGGGCGUUUGUGGAUUGUUUGGAGAGCUGGGAAUGUUAGUAAUGCUUUGAGAGUUUUGAGGGAGAUUUGGAUGAGGGGUGAUGAGGAGUUGUGGUCUAAGCCUUGGAUUGGGUUCCUUUAUGAGUGGGGGGCUGAUUGGAUGUUUGUUUAA